GGCGCAUGCGCGCCAACUGUCACCGAGCCCGCGUACGCUGUUAUUAGCAGUUAGCUUGACGUUACUCGAGUGUGUUAUCUGAGUGUUGUUAUCCAACUGUCAGGAAAAUGAUGACCUCGUCGGAAACGUCGGAGGUGGAGAAUUUAGGAGGCGAGAAGGUCGCCGAGGACUCGGCGAUCCUGGAGGUGAGCUCGAUGGCAGUGGGCGGGAUCGUGAAGCAGGAGAGCCGCGACGUCGACUUCUUGUCCAACUGCAGCACCUCCAUCGAAGGCUCCGUGAUUGCAUCCCCGUCUAUCGAUAGCUUCUCUACUCUGGCAGACCAAGAGAUAUCGGACUUCCAGACAGAUUCACGAGACUUGCAGGUCAAGGUAGACAACCCUCAGAAACAUCUGGAGAGUCUUGAAACGUACAUUACAUUCCGUAUCACAACCAGGACUACUCGUCCAGAGUUUGAAGAAGGAGAGUACGUAGUUCGUAGGCGGUACAAUGACUUUAUCUGGCUGCGCCAAAAAUUAGUGGAUACUUAUCCGACACACAUUAUACCGCCUAUGCCAGGCAAGCACACGUUGCUCGCCCAGCUGGACCGCUACUCCAAGGAGUUCAUCGUGGCACGCAUGAAGCUCUUGCAUAUAUUCUUGAACAGAGUGGUGAAUCAUCCUAUUCUCAGCUGCGACAGGAAUCUUCAUAUUUUUCUCACGACUAAACCCGCGGAGUUUCUCGUUCAUCGUAAAAACCGUGGCAACGUACUCGGCAAAGUGACGGACUCCUUGCAAAAUAUCGCGAGCACGUACACGAUAAAGCAGCGUAACUUGGAGUUCGAUCAGACGCGCGACUACUGCACGGCGUUGGGUGAAAAACUGUCGACCAUAGACAAGAUUAAUCACCGCAUACACAAGGAAAGGCAAGAUUAUCUAGUCGAGCUUCAUCAGUUGCACCCCAUAUUCACCCUGUGGGCGACUUCGGAACCAGAACUUGCGCCGAUCCUAUUGGCGAUCGCUAAAGCGGUGGAAACGAACGCGAUGGCGCAUCAGAAACUCUUGGAAAACGUGCCCAACGAUGAACGCGAGUACGUCGCGUAUAUAGAAGCGGUAAAGAAUGCAUUCUCCCGACGGGAUUCGAUGCAGAUCGAAUACGAAAUAACUCUCGACCUACUGGCAAAGAGAAGAUUCGAAAAGGAUCAGUUGGUAGGAAAUACGAGCUGCACGAUUUCCGCGCAAGGAUGGGGCGGCUCUCUGUGGAAAGCGGAAUCCCGCGAUGAGAAGUUGGAGAGGCUCGGCCAGACGAUUCCGCGACUAGCCAAGCAAGCGGAGAUACUGCACGAUCGCGUGGAGUGCGCGAACGAGAAUCUACGGAGCGACUUGCAGAGGUGGAACGUGGAGAAGCAACAGGAUCUGAAGAACAUGCUGAUCGCGAUGGCGGACCGACAUAUCAGACACUAUCAGCAGUGCAUGAACGCGUGGGAGGAGACCCUCGCCGGCCUCAAGCUCGACGGAAUCGGCAGCUCCGACGUUAACGUAGGGCCGCCCGUUAAAAUACCCGUUUGAACAGCUGGCCUGUCGCCAUCCGGAAAGACGAGAAAACAAACGUUACGUACGCGAAGCUAGUAACACGUCAGUUCGUAAGAAUCUCUAUUAAGUAAUGACACGAAAUUUAUUGCAAUCCAAAGAACAAUCUUUAUCGUUAGCUUCAGAUACUCAUCGCUUCUGAAACAGCGUCGAAUCGUCGUCUCGGGAUCUCGGGGGAGGAGUUACUUAGUAAUUGCGAAUUUGCAACUUGGUGAGUGCAUUUAACAAUGAUGAACGUCGUGCAUUUAUGUACAAUACGCUAAUAUCAAAAGUCUAUCUCGGCACACCGCGAUCCUGCAAUAACUAAGUGAAAAAUUCAGUGUAAUGUAUUUUGCUCCGACAUACGUGACUAUAUGUGGGACUCCAGUUUCACCGUGUAUGUGUAUCGUGUACAAGAAAUAUUCUUCAAGAUGGAUCUCUUGUUCGUUUGUUUUUUUUUGUUUUUUUUUAGAGAGAUUUAGGUCAUUAAUUUGGGGACCAAGUAUCGAGUUGGCUGUCACCGUUCCCUCCCUCUCUCUCUUUCUCUCUCUCCCUCUCUCUCUCCUACUUUGAAUCACAUUACAAUACAUUUAUUGACAAUCAGUUUAGUCAUCGCUAUAUCUAGUUACCAAAGUACAGUAGUUACCAUAAUACAAUAGCGUAGAUAAAUUCAAUGUAUAGUAUACAGCACUGGUAAAUUUUACAAAUCGGAGCGCAAUGCUUACGAGUUUCGUUGUAUCGUUAGUUAGUUACCUUCGUAGUCUAGGGCUGUGUUCGGGGAGCUCACUAUCAGCGCUAUUUAGCGCUAAAACUCUAUGUAGCGUGACAUAAAUUAUAGAUUAGUAGCGUUAAUAGCGUCUCCGCGAACAUACCCUGUGUCUCUAAGUUAUGAACAAGUCACGUCGCACUCCUAAUCAUUAUGCUCGGCGUUGCGGAAGAAUAACGUGUAGCAGGGAGUGUGUUCUAUACAACUUAGCAUAUUCCUCUCGUCGUAUCUGUUAUUUAUGCUCGGUCGAGUACUCCUUAUCGUUUGUUGUAAUAAACCUGACGCGGAGUACGUUUCUAUACAUUAUACCGCCGCGCUGGCUUAACCGGGCUUAACGCGCCAGCCAACACGGCUGGAUUUGUAUUAAUAAAUAAAUUAUUGUUUGCAAUG